GUUUUGGACGGCCACGGCGAGGCCGGCGACCUCGUGAGUGGCUACUACAAGGAGAAGUACCUCGACGAGGUCUUCGCGCACGCGGCGUGGCCCGGCGACGUCGAGGGCAUGAAGCGCGCGUCGCGCGACGUGCUGCUCAAGCUCGAGCGCGAGCUCAUCGGGAACAAGGCCGUGGACACGGAGUUCUCCGGGUCGACCUACGUCUUCGCGGCGUUGCGCGGCGGCGCGCUGCUCGUGUCGAACGUCGGCGACUCGCGCGUGACGCUCGGCGUCGAGGUCGACGGCGCCAUCGUCGCGCGGCCCGUGUCCAUAGACCACAAGCCCGACGCGCCGGCCGAGAAGGCGCGCAUCCUCGGCGCGGGCGGCCGCGUCUUCGCCGUCGAGUACGACGACGGCGUCGACGGCCCGCCGCGCGUCUGGCUGGGGCACAUGGACGUGCCGGGGCUCGCCAUGAGCCGCUCGGUGGGCGACGUCGUCGCCCACGCCGCGGGCGUGUCCACGGAGCCCGAGUUCUUCGUCCACCCCGUCUCCCACGAGGACCGCUUCCUCGUCUCCGCCACGGACGGGCUCUGGGAGUUCCUCACGGACGACGAGGUCGUCGCCAUGGUCGCCAAGGUCGCCAUGGAGACGGGCAGCCCCAAGGCCUGCGUCGAGGCG